AUGCUUAAAUUAAAUUAACAGAUACUUGUUAGAAAUGGCCAUGUAAAUUUUAACUAAACUUUUUAAUAAUUAAAUCAUCAAUACUCUAAUUCAAAAAUAUAAAUGACACCAAGCAAAAGAAAAAAAUCAUUAGAUUAUUCAUAAAACUUGUAAACCUAAAUUAACUUUUAAGACAGAAAAAAAAUAAACUCUAUUCAAGAUAUUAUCUUAUAAGAAUCAAAUAAAAAAAAAUGCUACACUUAUUGUAACAAUCAAAUAGAAUAAAGGGAUUCAGAAAUCUUUAUGUAAAAAAUAAAAACAAUUCAAAAUUAAGAUAUCUCCCCAAAAAGGAUAAGUUAAGAAGCAUCACCUUUAAAAAAUAUUAUAAUUAAUAGAAAAAGAAGUUGUGUUAGUGAAAAUAAAAAAGAAUUAUUUUGUUAAAAAGAAUAAUUAAUAAAAGCAAAAAAUAAGUUUCCCUAUCACUUACAAAUAUUUAAUUAAGAUUUAGAUUAACCAUCAAAUCGUAUAACAUUUAAAGCUUCAUCUUAGUUUAAUGAAGUGUAAUUAGUAGUAAAAUAAAUUGAAACUCCAGGAACAGCAUAAUUUAUGUAAUCAAAUAAAGAUGUAAACUUUUAAUUUUUAAAUGAUAAUUCUGAUGAUGCUGAUUAAGAGCGUAAUUUUUAUCCAUAAUAAUAAAAUAUUUAACAUAAGUUAUCUUGUUAAGAAGAAACAUUUAUGCCUGUUUAGAAAACCAUUCCAUCUAAAAAACCUUUCUUUUAAUCAAAAAAAGGAAGUGAUAUUUAAAUAAGUAAAUUAGAAUGCAAAAACAUUAUGAUUGUUUUGGAUAAAGAGAAAAAUCGAAUAUUAGAAUCAAUAGGAUAGAACUCAAGUAAAUUUUAUAAUUUUCCAAAAAGUAAGGAAUCCAAUAAAAUAGAUUCAUAAAUAAAAUAAAAUGAAGAAUCUAAAAGAUAUAAUAUUAGAGAUGAAAAUAAACCAUAUUAGAAAUUAAGAGAAAUGAGUCAAUAAAAAAAGUAAUGA